AUGAACUUACUUUUAGGAAUUGAUCAACUGCUGUUACGUGGUGCACGUUUGAAGAAUACCUCAUGGAUCUUUGGCGCUGUAAUUUACACUGGACAUGAUGCGAAACUACUGAUGAACUCGAAAACAGCACCCCUGAAAGGUUGCACUGUUGACUCAAGAACGAACAAUCGUAUCAUUUUCCUCUUUUUUGUUCUGCUCACUCUUGCUCUUGUAAGUGCUGCCGGAGCAGAAUUUUGGCGUAGCGCUAAUCUUCCAGCAAUGUGGUAUUUAUCAUUUCUAGAAAAUGACGCGAGAGCAUCGUUUGCUUGGAAUGUACUAACCUUCUUCAUCCUUUAUAAUAACCUCAUUCCUAUCAGUUUACAAGUGACUCUAGAGAUUGUUCGCUUCUUUCAGGCUACUUAUAUCAACAACGAUGUAGAGAUGUAUGAUCCCAACAGCGACUCCUGUGCGGUUGCGCGCACAUCGAAUCUGAACGAGGAGCUUGGCUUGGUUAAGUUCGUUAUGAGUGAUAAAACUGGAACGCUGACUCGCAACGUCAUGAAGUUCAAACGUGUCUCAGUGGCUGGAAUGAUGUUUGGUGACAAUGAAAACGACGAAUUUUGUGAUGAAAGCCUUGUCAAUCGAUAUCGCAAUGAUCCGGUAUUUUUUGCCUUUUUUAUGAGGGGGUUGUUGUCUCAUGAGCGUUUAUUAGGAUUCUCCUGA